CGAGAGCGAGAACGACCCAAAGAGCCAGUGGAAUAGAUAGAUUCGCGCUGCCCUUUAAGUUUCUUUACACGACAAAAAGACGCAGAAAAUUAAACUCCGGCCAGCAUGGCAGCGACAUUGCGAAGAUUCAAUGGCUUGAGAUUGCUGAAAUCUACGCCAGCACUGAAUCUGCAACAGGCCAAGAACCUGUCCACGGCUUCGAGUUGGGCAAAUAACAACAAAAAGCUGAUCGGUGCUGUUGGUGCUUUGACCGGCGGCGUUGGCGCUUUGCUGUUCGCCCUCGAGCAAUCCGUGGAAGCCUCAGGCACUGAGGUGCAUUCACCUGCCCAGCCCUGGAACCACAAGGGUCUGUUCUCCUCUCUGGAUCACCAGAGUGUGCGUCGUGGUUAUGAGGUUUACAAGCAGGUGUGCUCCGCCUGCCACUCGAUGCAAUACAUUGCCUACCGUAAUCUGGUUGGCGUCUCCCACACCGAGGCUGAAGCCAAGGCCGAGGCCGAGCAGAUCACGGUGAAAGACGGUCCAGAUGAUACCGGUAACUACUUCGAUCGUCCCGGCAAACUGUCGGACUACUUCCCAUCGCCGUAUCCCAACGAGGAGGCGGCACGUGCUGCCAACAAUGGUGCCUAUCCACCAGAUCUGAGCUACAUUGUCUCCGCACGCAAGGGUGGUGAAGAUUACAUCUUCUCGCUGUUGACCGGCUACCAUGAUGCGCCCGCCGGUGUGGUGCUCCGUGAGGGUCAGUACUUCAACCCGUACUUCCCUGGUGGUGCCAUUUCCAUGGCCCAGGUGUUGUACAACGAGGUCAUUGAGUACGAGGAUGGCACACCGCCAACACAGAGUCAAUUGGCCAAGGAUGUGGCCACGUUCCUUAAGUGGACAUCGGAGCCGGAGCACGAUGAUCGCAAGCAGAUACUGAUCAAGGUGAUUGGCAUCCUUGGCUUCCUGACUGCCAUCUCGUAUUACAUUAAGCGACACAAGUGGUCAUCCCUCAAGUCGCGAAAGAUCGUCUUUGUGCCCAAGAAGUAGAUGCUAUGUUUGGAAUUUGAUUUGAUUGUGCGAUUGAUGGCGUGUAGAAUUGCAGUGUUAUCGCGCGGCUUUACCGACUAAUUACAGAAACAAAUAAAUCAAUUUUAAGCAUAAACCAAUCCAAAAACAAACAGAAAAAUUACACCACUUCAAUUGCAAAUUCAAAUAACAGCUACAGUUACAAUUAUCAAGGAGGAAACCAAAUCGACAAGGAAAAACAGCAGCAGCAACAGCAACAACAACACACAAAUCGGAGAGUUGCAACUAAAUAAAUCGAGCAAAGAGCCUAGAAAAAUGAAUAAUAGAGAUAUUACAUUUGCCAUGUAUACAUCUACUAUAAUUCACAUUAUGUAUUUAAAUAAACAAUUGAAAACUAAAA